AUGUCCGAGAAAUCAGACGAUCAAAAUGUAUGCGGCAUAUGUGAUAAAAACCCUAGAAAAUACUGUUGCCCGCGAUGUUCAAUUUUUUAUUGUUCUCUGGACUGUUACAAAUCUGAGAAGCAUAUGGAAUGCUCCGAGAGCUUCUACAAAGACUGCGUAAACGACGAGCUGUCCUCGCUUACUGUGAAUGAUGAAGAUAAACAAAAGAUGCUGGACAUCCUUAAAAAGAUGCAAAAUCAAGACACUAAUGAACCAGAUUACAUGAACAAUUUUCUAGAGGGGUCAGAUGGUGAUAACGGUGAUGAUGAUGAUGAUGAUGGUGAAAUUGUUGACUCGGAUGAUGAAGAAGCACAAGAUUUGGAGGCAAGAAUAAAAGAUUUAAAUCUUGAUGACCCUGAAGCAUUGUGGAACGUCUUGACAACAGAUGAAAAGAAUGAAUUUGAAGCUCUAUUAAAUCAGGGAGACAUUGAAUCUGUGAUUCCACAGUGGGAGCCAUGGUGGAUGUUUAGUAAGGGAGAGAAGCUAGUCCAAGAUAUUGAUGAGAAAAAUGAUGAAGAAGAGGAUGCUUUAAGAAAAUGUCCACAUAUAAUGGAAGUUCCACAAUUUUCAACAUUAACAUCUGUCACACCAUCAAACGCAAUAAGAAAAAACAUAGCAAAUGUUUUGGCUGCCUAUGCUUUCACCAUGCGAUAUUUUAAUGGUGAAGCUGACCCUAUAGAAAUCACCACAUAUUUGCUUAAUAUAUGUGGAAAUUUAGACUGCAAUGUGAAUUAUGAUGAUUUAGCCACCUCAGUAGAAGCAGUCGCACAAAAAUGUUUGCAGAGUGACCUUAUUGAAACAGACAAUGCAUGUCUUGAUGUGAUGAGAAGAGAUACUUUUUUAAUAUUACAAGGACCAAGUGAGAAAAACAAGCUAUAUUACUGUAAGGCAGCACUCUCACAUCUGUAUAAGAUUCUAGCUGACGCCGUAACAGAGAGCAAAACACUUAACAGAACUAAUAAAGUUGCAAAAGAGAAAAAUGAAUUUUCAACGAAAUUCCCAGAACACACAACAGAGCAUCUGCCCAGUUUGGACACCAACAAAUUGAAAAAAUGUAUGAAAAAGAUUGAAUACUAUUUAUCGUUUAUUGACAUUCAUGGAAUGGAUUUUGAAUAA